UGGUGCCGUUUGCGAUCGCACCGAAAGCACAGAUCUUGUCGAUUCGCAUUCACGAUUGGUGAUCAUUCUUUACACCUCAUCACCUUCUCCUUUCCCUUCACUACGCAACGGCAGCAGCUGGUUGCGCGCAACACAGCCCCCAUCUUUGUUCUUUCCAUUCCUACUGCCUGUCAGAUCUCAUCCACGCCUCGAAAGAUGGCAUCGAUGCGCAAUCUGAUCAGAUCGGCAGCAGCGCCUGCUCUGCGUCAGGCCACCGUGCCCACCACACCCAUCUCUGCCGCUACACGUUUGGCUCUGCCCACUCUGGCCAGGUCGGCAACCACCUUGACUGCUGGAUCUGCCCGCGUACCGGCCCACGCAGGUCCCACAAAGUAUGGCGGCGUGUACACUGUAACGCUGAUUCCAGGAGAUGGUAUCGGAGCAGAGAUUGCUGGAGCAGUCAAGGAGGUCUUUGAGGUGCUCAACGUGCCGGUCGAGUGGGAGCAGUUCAAUGUCUCUGGAGAAACGCACGGCAGCGAGUCGCUCUUCAAGGAGGCCAUGGAAAGUCUGAGGAGGAACAAGGUUGGUCUCAAAGGCAUUCUCUUCACUCCCAUCGACACCACCUCGCACAACUCUUGGAACGUGGCCAUGCGUCAGCAACUCGACAUUUACGCUUCUUUGGUCAUUUGCAAAUCCUUGCCUGGCUAUCCUACCCGUCACAAGGAUGUUGACUUUGCCAUCAUUCGUGAGAAUACCGAAGGAGAGUACUCUGGUCUGGAGCACCAGUCUUACCCCGGCGUGGUCGAGUCGCUCAAAGUCUCCACGCGUGCUUCAGCAGAGCGCAUCUGCCGAUUCGCGUUCGACUUUGCCCUCAAGAAUGGACGCAAAAAGGUGACUUGCGUUCACAAGGCCAACAUCAUGAAGUUGGGAGAUGGUCUCUUUCUCAACACUUUUAGGCAGGUGGCAAAAGAGUACGAGAGCAGCGGAAUCGCCUACGGUGAUAUGAUUGUCGACAACACCUCGAUGCAACUUGUCGGUCGUCCGCAACAAUUCGACGUGAUGGUGAUGCCCAAUCUGUACGGCAACAUUGUCAGCAAUAUUGGUGCAGCUCUGGUCGGUGGACCGGGCACAGUGCCAGGAGCUAACAUUGGCAGAGAGUACGCGCUGUACGAACCCGGUUGCAGACACGUUGCGAAGGACAUCAUGGGCAAAGGCACUGCCAACCCUGCUGCUAUGCUCCUCAGCUCCACCAUGAUGUUGCGACACCUCGGACUGGAUGCGCACGCAAACCAAAUUGCGGAGAGCGUUUACAAAGUCAUCCAAGAAGGCAAGGUUCGAACUGCCGACAUGGGAGGCAACGCCAAGACCAAGGAAUUCACUCAGGCUGUCAUCAACAACUUUUGAGUCGUAGCCACACGGACCAGCGUACUGCUCGCCCUCGAUGUCGAAUAGCAGGUGACUUUUGCAAUAGAUCAAGUGGAAUCUGCAAGCUCUGAUCGAGUACGUCCUUACUACAAAGUGCAUGUAGUCGGGGCAUCUGAGCUGGCAGAGCUGCAGCGCCAGGACCAUAUGGAACUUCAAUGAGGUCUGAUGCAGCUCGAACAGACUGCUCGUCAUAAACGUGUGACCGCGACCGUGCAGAGGCCGCGCGGCUUUCCGCGGCGCCUGAAAAUGGAU